ACGUCGCCUUAGCAACAGAGAGGCUUUGGACUAUCACAACAAGCAGGCUAAAUGUAUCUUCUUAAACUACUGCCUUCUAGAAACAGAAUUACAUAUACUGAUUGAAGCCGUGAUGGCUACAAGCAACCCAUCUGUGUUUCUUCUCUCGGUGAACGGACAGAUUGAGGGAGCGGAUUUUCCGAGUUAUGACGACUUGUACUGCAAAUACUCCUUUGUUUACGGUCAAGACUGGAUACCCACCACUGGUUUGGAGGAAGGCAUCACCCAAAUAACAUGUAAAGGCAUUCAGUCGUCACAUAAAUUGAUAUGGAACUUCCCACUGGAUAUAACUUUCAAGAGCACAAACCCCUCAGGAUGGCCUCAACUUGUGCUAAGUGUGUAUGGACCAGACGUGUUUGGCAAUGAUGUCGUCAGAGGCUAUGGAGCAACACACAUCCCAUUAACACCAGGAAAACAUACACGGAUCCUCCCCAUGUUUGUUCCUGAACCCACGUGGAGACUUCAAAGGUUCACUAGUUGGCUUUGGGGACGUCGACCAGAGUACACAGACCCUAAAGUGGUAGCCCAGGGUGAAGGGCGAGAAGUGACACGGGUUUGUUCCCAAGGAUUUGUUACAGUCUGCUUUAGCAUCAUAAUGAAGGACAUGAAGAAACUCGGCUACGAUUCUGGACCAUCAAAUUCCUCAAGCACGCAAUCUUGCGCCACUGCAUCUGGAUGGUCCACAGAGGAACCAACACAUUUUUGAUCACAUUGGGGAAACAUGCCAAUUUCUAGUGUCCACCCUUACAUUCUGUUUAUGUUCAUUACCACAGAUGUAAAAAUGAUGCAGUUAUAUUUAGAUUUUAUGCCAAAACUGCAAAUGUUUUUGUAAAUGUCUGUUAGGUUUUCCAUCUUUUAUAUUUUUUACAUUCUGUCUUGGUUAACACUGUUAAUAAGGGUUACAGAGCUUAAGUCCAUCCAUCCAUUUUCUGAGCCGCUUCUCCUCACUAGGGUCGCAGGGCGUGCUGGAGCCUAUCCCAGCUGUCAUCGGGCAGGAGGCGGGUACACCCUGAACUGGUUGCCAGUCAAUCGCAGGGCACAUAGAAACAGACAACCAUUCUCACUCACAGUCAUGCCUACGGGCAAUUUAGAGUCUCCAAUUAAUGCAUGUUUUUGGGAUGUGGGAGGAAACCGGAGUGCCUGGAGAAAACCCACGCAGGCACGGGGAGAACAUGCAAACUCCACACAGGCAGGCAGGGCCGGGGAUUGAACCCGGGUCCUCAGAACUGUGAGGCUGACGCUCUAACCAGCCGGCCACCGUGCCGCCCAGAGCUCAAGUAAUAUACAUUUUAUUUUGUAACCAAUGCAGUCAAAUGGAUGUCAAAAUGAUGCUGACUGAACUCUUAUUCAUGUUUAUGCUGUAAAUGUUUUUGUAAUGUCAUUUCUCAUCUUGUAUAUAAAGUUUGAA